AUGACCUCUAGUCUCGGGAAAGUGCUGUUGUCUCUUCCAGCUUUGGCUGUGUCGGCUCUAGCAGGGUCUACCUCAAAAUGUGAAGUUGGCACCAUCUCAAUCGCAAACGCUACAGUGGACUCGGUCAGCCACCAUCCUCGCGGCGACGUGAUUCCUCUACCAAAUACCGUAGCAUCAUGCGGUGGACCAUCUUUCAAAGUUAACAUCACCAGCGAUCUCUGUCGAGUCGUCGUCAAUGUCUCGACAAGCGACUCCAGCUCAACACGUAUCGAGGCUUGGCUACCUGACGACUGGAACAGCCGUCUUCUUGCAACUGGAACCGGCGGUAUCGGAGGAUGCAUCGACUACCGUUUUGUCCAAAAUGGCGCUCAUCUAGGCUUUGCCAGCUUUGGCACCAACACGGGUCACGACGGCGAGCAGGGCUUCGAGUUCUUCCUCAACCAGCCUGAGACGAUCAACGACUUCGGACACCGCGGUAUCCACGUCGAGGCGCAAGUUGCGAAGCAAAUCGUCGAGCAGUAUUACGGGAAAAAAGCUUCCAAGAGCUACUACCAAGGCUGUAGUACAGGUGGACGGCAAGGCCUGCAGAAUGCUCAGCUGUACCCGGAAGAUUUUGACGGCAUCCUUGCUGGAGCUCCUGGAAUUGACUGGCUUCAUAUCGUGGCCUCCAAGGGUAUUCUUGCUCGAAGAAUCGGAUGGCCUAACCUCGACUCUGAUGCCUACGUUCGACCGGAGCAGUGGAAAGCUAUUGUCGCUAAGCAGAUUGAGAUGUUUGAUCCUCUUGAUGGUGUCAAGGACGGCAUCAUUGACAACCCCGCCGCUCACUCUUUUGACCCUACGACCAUGGCUUGCGGCACAAACGUGCUCAAUAGCUCUUUGUGCUUAAAGCCGCAACAGGUUGCCUCCGUCCGGGCAGCGUACGAGCCUCUUGCCAACUCUGAGGGUCGCAUUGUCUACCCUGGCUUUAAUCUGGGUGCUGACACCAGCGUCUUCUCUGCUAACCAGGUCAACGGAACGGCCCAGCUGUCUUACACAGUUCUCCAGGACUUCUGGCGCGGUGCCGUCUACAACGACUCGACCUGGACACCCCACAACUUCACCGUCAAAGACAUGGACUUCGCCAUCAAUAUAAACCCCGGAGGCGUCAACGCCGACGAAGGCAAACUUGAUAAGUUCUAUGCAAAGGGUGGAAAGAUCAUCUCUUACCAUGGCCAAGCCGAUCAGACCAUCACCCCCAAGCUGAUUGCUGAGUACUACGCCAAGGUUCAGAGUAACCUCAACGCCACACUCGAAGAGAUGCACUCUUUCUACCGACAGUUCUUUAUUCCUGGAAUGUAUCAUUGCUCCGGGGGUCCGGGUGCUUUCGAUGUUGGACAGGUGUACCCCAUGGAUGAGGACAGACUGAAUGCCAAAGAAAAUGUCCUACUUGCUUUGACCAAGUGGGUCGAGGAGGAUCAAGAGCCUGCCAUCCUUGUUGGAGCCAAGUAUGAUACUGCUGGAAAGACUUCUGCUUACAGAAAGUACUGCCCUUACCCGUUCCAGAGUAAGUGGGAUGGAUCUGGAAACACGACUAAGACAGACAGCUGGGAAUGUGUUGUUUCAGGCGCUUAA